CCAGGAGGCAAGAUGCCAACCCACUUGCUGCAGGAGGUCUCUGGCUCCUACACCCCCACCACCACCGUCACCGCACCCCACUCCAGGCUCCUGCAGAGUGGAGAGGGCAAGUUGGAGAAGAUGCCCCUGCCGGCGGAAGAAGACAUCCGCCCUGAAAUGAAAGAUGACAUCUACGACCCCAGCUACCAGGACGAGGAGGGCCCCAGGCCCAAGCUGGAGUUCGUCUGGAGGAACAUCAUCCUCAUGGCUCUGCUGCACGUGGGAGCCCUGUACGGGAUCACCCUGGUUCCCACCUGCAAGUUCCGCACCUGGCUCUGGGUGUAUUUCUACAGAUUGGUCAGUGGCCUGGGCAUCACAGCAGGAGCACAUCGCCUGUGGAGCCACCGAACUUACAAAGCUCGGCUGCCCCUGCGCUUCUUCCUGAUCAUUGCCAACACCAUGGCCUUCCAGAAUGAUGUGUUUGAAUGGGCCCGAGACCACCGUGCCCACCACAAGUUCUCAGAAACCGAUGCGGAUCCUCACAAUUCCCGCCGUGGCUUUUUCUUCUCGCACGUGGGCUGGCUGCUUGUGCGCAAACACCCUGCGGUCAAGCAGAAGGGCGCUCUGCUGGACUUGUCAGACCUCAAAGCUGAGAAACUGGUGAUGUUCCAGAGGCGGUACUACAAACCCGCCGUCCUGCUGAUGUGCUUCAUCCUGCCCACGCUCGUGCCCUGGUAUUUCUGGGGUGAAACUCUGCAACACAGCUUGUAUGUGGCCACUUUCCUGCGUUAUGCUGUAGUGCUCAAUGCCACCUGGUUGGUGAACAGUGCUGCCCACUUGUAUGGAUAUCGCCCGUAUGACAAGAACAUUGACCCCCGAGAGAAUGUACUGGCUUCUCUUGCAGCCCUGGGUGAGGGCUUCCACAACUACCACCACUCCUUUCCCUACGACUACUCCGCCAGUGAGUAUCGCUGGCACAUCAACUUCACCACAUUCUUCAUCGACUGCAUGGCUGUCCUGGGCCUGGCUUAUGACCGGAAGAAAGUAUCCAAGGCCGCCAUUUUGGCCAGGAUUAAAAGGACUGGAGAUGGAAGCUACAAGAGUGACUGAGUUCUGAGUUCCUCAACUUCUUUGCCAAAAGCUAGCCAGGCAGAGGUUCACUGUUCUGUUUAUUAACUACUGAAUAAUGCUCCCAAGAUGCU